CGAAAGUUGAGGUGGACGAAAAGGAUUGGAAUCGUCUGAACUUUGGAAGACGGCAAAGCACAACAACCAAAAAUUCCCAAUAAAACUGUGCCGCAGGAACAGGUCCCAGUGGUUACUAUCCCGCGCCCCCGCGUCCAAGAUCACCAUUCAUCGGCCAGCAGAAUAAAGAUGCGGGCACUCUUCUGCUACCUUACAGCACUGGUAGCACUAGUAGCUGGAUCAGGAGCAUGGGGAAAGCCAGUGGGAGGUGCGCGAACCUUGGUAGUCUUGGAAAAACUUGAGGACAAGACUGAGUAUGGGACUUUUUUGAAGAGCUUGGAGGAGAGGGGUCACAACUUGAGCUUCAAGACUGCGUCUGAAGAUGAUUUCGGGCUGGUAGCGUACGAGGAGAGGAAAUUUGAUCACUUCCUUGUUCUUGCACCUGCUAUUGCAACGUUUGGAGGCCAGCAGGGAGUUGGAAACGUGCUUGAUUUUAUCGACAAAGGGGGAAACGUCCUUGUUGCAACGUCUUCAGACAUAUCGGAUGCCAUCCGAGACUUGACAUACGAGUUCUCCGCCGAUUUUGAUGAAGCGGGAUCAGCGGUCAUUGACCACUUUCAUGCCGUCAAUGACGAUCACACACUCAUCGCAGCGUCAGAUUUCAUCGGGAACGACGUUGCAGUGCCACCUGCUGUAAAGCAGGGACCACCAGUCUUGUUCCGAGGCGUUGCGCAUCGACUGACGGGAAAGAAUCCUCUUGCGGAACCUCUCUUGAUCGGUGCACCUACCGCUUAUUCGUACGAAGCAAAUGAUCAAAAUCCAGUCGAAGUAAACUUGAUUGUUGGAAAGGAAGUUGUACUCGUGUCAUCGUUGCAGGCCAGAAAUAACGCUAGGGUCGUGUUUGCGGGAAGUGUAGAUAUGUUUUCUGACAAACUGAUUGAUGCUCCAGUGAAAUCCGGCGACAAACAGCAUCAGAAAUCUGGCAAUCUGCCGUUUAUUACUGCGUUGAGCAAAUGGGUUUUCCAGGAAAGUGGUGUUCUGAACGUCAACAGUAAGAAGCACCAUCGUGAAAACGAAACCGCCCAACAUGGCAUCUACCGCAUCAAGGAUGACAUGGUUUUCGAAAUUAGUAUUUCCGAAUGGCGGGACGAUAAAUGGCAUCCGUUUACUCCUACGGACAUGCAAUUUGAAGCUGUAAUGCUGGAUCCCUACAUUCGGACAAACUUGGUCCCACAACAAUCGGGAACACUUACAGCGCAUUUCAAGCUCCCCGAUCACUAUGGCGUUUUUACUUUCAAAGUGGACUAUAAGCGUCAUGGGUACUCGUUCAUUCACGAGGCGGAGACGGUGCAGAUCCGGCCUUUUAGACAUGAUCAGUAUCCGCGAUUUUUGAGUCCGGCGUGGCCGUAUUACGUGAAUGUAUUUAGUUUGAUGGUGGCGUUUGUUCUAUUCUCUGGGGUCUUCUUGUGGAAUAGGGAUGUUGGGAGUAAGGUGAAAGUAAAGACAACCUAAGGCAUGCGUGAUGGCGGGUUGCUGUGGGAAUUAUCCGUUGUGAAUAGAUGUUUGUCGCCUUUGGAUACAGCAA